UUAUCCAUAUUUUUUUAAAAGGUGGAACAUAUUAUAUGAUUUCAAGAAGUCUUGGUCCAGAAUUUGGAGGAGCAAUUGGACUGAUCUUUUCUUUGGCAAAUGCUGUGGCUGUAGCUAUGUACGUGGUUGGAUUUGGUGAGUCUUUGAGAGACCUAAUGGCCGUUAAUGGUGUUAAAAUUAUUGAUAGUGAAAUAAAUGACAUACGAAUCAUUGGAAUCGUUACAAUCGUCUUUCUUCUUGGAAUAGCCAUUAUUGGAACUGAAUGGGAAUCUAAGGCCCAAAUCGUAUUGCUUUUUAUCCUCUUGAUAGCCAUGUUGGACUUUUUGAUUGGCUGUCUCAUUCCACCCUCAGUAUCUCAGAAAGCUCAAGGGUUCAUUGGCUGGAGUGCGGAGCUUGCAAGUGAGAAUUUUGUACCAGAGUUUCGUGGGGAGACCUUCUUCUCAGUAUUUUCUGUGUUUUUUCCUGCUGCUACAGGAAUUCUUGCUGGAGCAAACAUAUCAGGAGACUUAGCAGACCCACAAAGUUCCAUACCAAAAGGGACAUUUUUGGGUAUAAUUAUCUCCAGUGCAGCAUAUAUAAUAUUUGCCAUUAUUUGUGGUUGUGUGACAUACCGAGAUAGUAAUGGAAUAGUGGCUCUAGUGGAGAAUGGAACUCUGGAUUUAAUAACUAACUGUUCUUUGGCAGAAGGGGGAAAAUGUGAAUAUGGAUCAAUGAAUUUUUUUCAGGUAAUGGAGAUGAUAUCAGCAUUUGGUCCCUUGAUCUAUGCUGGAAUUUUUGCUGCAACUUUGUCUUCAGCUCUUGCCAGCCUUGUUAGUGCUCCAAAAGUGUUUCAGGCAUUAUGCAAAGAUAACAUCUUCCCCAAAAUUGAGUAUUUUGCUAAAGGUUAUGGGAAAGGUGGAGAACCAAGACGAGGGUACAUUUUGGCCUUUGUAAUAGCUUUGGCAUGUGUGAUAAUAGGGGAAUUGAAUGCCAUUGCACCAAUUAUUUCAAAUUUCUUCUUGGCUGCAUAUUGUUUAAUCAACUUCUCAUGUUUUCAUGCAUCAUUUGUUAGGUCACCUGGAUUUCGGCCAGCUUUCAAGUAUUAUAACAAGUGGGUUAGUUUAGUUGGAGCAAUUCUAUGUGUUGCUGUUAUGUUCAUUAUUAAUUGGUGGACAGCUCUCAUCACCUAUGCCAUCAUAUUAGCAUUAUAUAUUUACAUUCAUCAUCGAAAACCAGAUGUGAAUUGGGGCUCUUCUACUCAGGCACAGACUUACAAGUCAGCCCUGAGUUCUGUAGUAAAAUUGAAUCAAGUUGAAGAACAUGUGAAGAAUUACAGGCCCCAGAUUCUCUUACUGACUGGCAAUCCAAACAGCAGGCCUCCUCUAGUGGACUUUGCCUACAGCAUUACUAAAAAAUUGAGUUUGCUUUUGUGUGGAAACAUUCACAAGGAUCGAUUGUCUCAGCGAGCUAGAAAUGUACUCAACAAGCAAGCUACACGCUGGUUGCAGGAAAGAAAAAUCAAGGCUUUUUAUUCUUUAGUAGAAGAAGAAAGUUUUUCACAUGGAGUGAGAUCCUUAGUUCAGCUUGUAGGGCUUGGAAAACUUCGACCUAAUGUCUUGUUGAUGGGUUACAAACAUAACUGGCAGGUUUGUAAUGAAGAAGAAGUCUUGGAAUACUUCAAUGUCAUUCAUGGGGUGUUUGACAUGCAUCUGUCAUUGGGUAUCCUUCGUCUUCAAGAAGGAUUAGAUUAUUCAGAGUACAUUGAUACCGAAGAAAUUGGAGUUGGUGAUGCAAGUGGUAAAGGAACUGUCAAUAGUGUACCACCUGGUUUUGACAGAGAUCCUUCAUAUGCUGAUUUCCCUCGAAACAUUUCUAGUGCACAGUUAUCCCAAGGUGGAAGUUCGCCAGAGUCAACCCCUCCAGCUACGCCAGCUGCCACUCGUUCCAUGCUUCAGACCUCUAUUUCAAAGAAUCCAGAAGGUGAGGUGGCAUCAACACCAGCACCCAGCAGCACGCAAGUGAUGAAAGGCCUCUCAAAAGAUAUACCUAAAGAUGUUCUGUCCAGUGUUAAUCAGUUCCAAAGAAAGCAGAAGAAGGCCACCAUAGAUGUGUGGUGGUUGUAUGAUGAUGGUGGUUUAACAAUGCUUAUCCCCUAUCUACUUACUACAAGGGCACAAUGGAGUGGUUGUAAGUUGCGUGUUUUCUCCUUGGCAAAUAAGAAGGAUGAGCUGGACAGGGAACAAAGAAACAUGGCAGCUCUCCUCAGCAAGUUUAGGAUAGACUAUUCAGAUGUUACUGUCAUUCCAGAUAUUGUGAAACCUCCCCAGGAAUCAAGUAAGAGAGAAUUUGAUGCCUUGUUAGCUAAGUGGAAAAGUGCAAAUGAUGAUGAUGAAGAUAACCCAUUGAUCAUCUCAGAGUCUGAAAUUUUAGCUUUGAAGGACAAGACUCGACGACAUAUAAGACUUCGGGAGUUGUUGUUACAUUACUCACGUGAUGCCAGUCUUAUUGUUAUGACAUUGCCCAUGCCUCGAAAAGGAACUUGUUCAGCACCAAUGUAUAUGGCUUGGUUGGAGAUUCUGACAAGAGAUAUGCCUCCAUUCUUGUUGCUCCGAGGAAACCAAACAAGCGUCUUAACAUUUUAUUCAUGAGAUAGAGUUAGAUCCCCCUUUUAUUCUGCAAACAACAUUGUCGUUAUUAGGCAGACUGUAUGGAACUUACAAGAAGAUGAUGCUGUUGUCUACAGAUGGUCAUGGCAAAUGAUAUACAGUUUUGUUGAAAAAAUUAUACAAUAAACUGCAGAAACACCUGGAGAAGUUUAGAUUUUAAAUAAUUUCUUGCUAGAUUCAGAGAAACUUAGUAAUGUUAGUAUAGCUCAUGAAUGUGAUGAUAUAAAUCUGCAAAAUUACUAUUUCGUUUUUCAGUCUUUUAAGGAUCUGAUUUCUUAUGUAGUGUGAACUAUACAAUAAUCAGAAUUGACAGAAUUUUUGUAAAUUGUAAUUUGUUUUGUUUUUUACUGGGACCAAGUAUUUGUUUAAACAUUUGAAUACCAUAUGCAUAUCAGAAAAAGAGUUAGAUUCUUGUUUAUACUUUUGCUGCAUAAAAUAGUUUCAGUUAGUUGAAUAUUGUUUUACGUACUUAAAUUAACAUCUUCAGGUACUCAGGUUGAAAUACUUAAAUUGUGGUCCUUCACCCAGACCAUUUUUAAACUUCUUAUUUAAAAAAGGUUGUCAUUGUUGAAAUUACUCUGAAUAUUUCAAUUUUUAGUAUUUCUGACAUAUUUUGCAAGUUUACAAUUGACUGGAUUUGUACCAUUAACCAUGUUUAUGUUGGAAUAAGAAAAAUGAUUUUAUUAGGCUGGUAACUUUAAAAAUCUUACAUUACAGUUUACUUUGAUGUAAGAUGCACACCGUGUCUAAUUUUAACAUUUGGUGUAAGGGUAAGCUGUUAAUUUACAAUUUUUAUGUAAAGUAUAUGUUACUGAAGUUCGAUAUAUAAAAACAUGACAGAUGUGUUCUUUUUUUAAAAAAAAUAUUUAAAACAGUACAUCAACAAUAUUGUGAAAGAAAAAAUUCCUUAGAAUAUACCUGUUUUUAUGGAAGGAUGUGCAUUUAGUUUGACUUGCUAGAAAAAUAUAUUUUUUAAAUUAAACUUACUUGAAAUAAGAAAUAAAUAAGUCAUUAAGAGGAAAAGAUAAAUAUCUGAAAGUGAAUUGUUGAAAUGAGCCUCACACUAUAUUAAACAAGUUUAAUUUUACUGUGCAUUAUUACCAUGAUGUUUUAAGAAUUGGGAAUGUAAAACUUCUGAAUUGGCUAUUUGGAAACAUUUUAUAUACAUAUAUAUAUAUAUAAAACAUUUUAAUCUUUAUUUAUACUGCCUAAAUAUUGAUACAUACAUAUAAAGAGAAAGUAAACUUUUCACUGAAUAUUCAUUAACGAAGCCCUUAUAGCCUUAACAUCUGUUGUCUAUGAUGAAUAAUAAAAUUGUUGUUAAAAAUUUGAACCACUUUUGCUACUACACUAAUCAUAAACAAACAGUCUGUGUUUUUGCCAAAAAAAACAAACUAUAAGGUUAUUUGUAGGCCAUUAUGUGCUUUUUAUAGUAGAUAAGUGUGUCCUGACUUUAACAAUGGGUCAAACAGGUGGUGUACUAUAGUUCUAUCACAUUCCUGAAAAAUCAACUAUUAGUAUUUUAAUCUAAGCAUUCAGAAUAGACGAACAAAUGUACAUAUGUUUUCCCCAGGGAAAUAAUUGGAUAUAAAUACUGAUAAGAUUUUAUUAAUUUUAAUGCAAAGAAAUAUAAAUUCAUCAUUACAUAGAUAAAGACAGAAAUUGGGUUAACUGUACAAUUUUUUCUAUUCACUGUAUACAAAUGUUUUUGGUUUAUAUCGGAAAGGAAUUUUCUUCCGUGCAAGUAUACAUAGUGCAACUAAAGAGAUAUUAACUCUGUUUUUUGUUUUUUUCCAGUUCUCUAGCACACUUUUAGUGCAUAUAGCAAGUAUCUAGGAAAAUAAAAUUUUUUAUUCUACUAAUUUAUUGAUCUAUAUUGAACAAAAAGGAAGAAUUUUGAUAAAUUCUAGCCUUCUUAUAGUCAUUAAGCAUAAUUAAUUGAGAGACCAGGAUAGCCUUCCAUGAAGCCAAACUUAGCAUUGUAAAAGUGUUCAUAGAAUGUUUUCUUACAUUAUUUUUACUCUGAACAUAACUGGAUUUCAUAAUCAUACCAACUUUGGCCUAACUUACAGCCAUAAUUAGAAUAAGUGGAUAGGAAAAAAAAAAAAGAUGUAUAAAAACUGAUAUUUCUUCGUUUUAACACAAAGUAUGAGUAGAUAGAAUGGGCCUUUUAUGAGUUAACCAUUUUUAACUCACGUUAAUUAUGAAGAUAGAUUUUAAUUAAUCAAGCCUAGAAUCUGUCUUUAUAGCCAGUUGAUGCCGAGACUUUGCAAGAACACAUAUGUUUGAGAAAAGAAAAAUGUUUCGAAUUCUAGAAUCUUCCAGUGAAUUAAAUUGAUUGAUCUGUGAAUAAUGCAUUGUUACACAGUUGUAUUUAAUGAAAAGAAUAAUCGGGUAAAAGUAAUUUGAAUUAUUUUUUCAAACUGUCAUUGGAAUGUUAUUAAAAUUACCUGUAGUCUAGUUCAAAGUUGUUUUGUGGUUUGGGCUUCCAAGAGCUGGCUGAUUAAAAAGUUGUUUAAAUAUAGUUGUGGGCCUUUUUAUAUAUAAAUAUAGUGUCAUUUGGUGCCUUUUACUAGAUUAGAAUAUAUGUGUACUAUACUAGAAAUAAAGAAAGGCUUUAUUCUGA